ACCGUCGUUGUAGAGUCAGUAUCGGUGGCAACUGCUAACAACAAUAAAUGUUCGGUAAUCUUUGACUGCCCGCGCUUGUAUGUGUUUGCUAGUUGGUCUGUAUAGGAAGAAAAGGCGUGAGAUCUCUCUGAGACUGCGAGACUGGAUCCGAAUAUUCCCACUGGACUGAAGCUGAGUUGAUCACUGUAACAUCCGACGGUAAAAUGACAAUGAUCUCUGAAUGAUCACAAUCAUCGUGAUAAUAGUAAUACUAUCCCAGAGGUUUAUGUCUGUCCGUUCAUUUUACGAGUCAAACGGACAUUCGAAAACCAAAGAGUCUGUAUCUAAAUGCAAGUUGCGGUGCGACAGUAAAGCUUCACCAUUUCCCAGAAUCGAUCCUAUUCACAAAACAACACCCGUUAUCUCGGCCUCUAUCGACCUACCCUUACGUAAACAGAUUGGAACCUGUCGGGGUUCACUAGGUUGCAAAUUACACGGCCUUUCCGUAACUAUUGAGACAAUCGUAAUAGGACAGCAACAGCCAACAUCUACGAAGUGGUACCUAGCGAAUAAUGGUUUUUCUCACUCUGCUCGGUAUUGAUAGAGUUGUGGCCAAAAUGAUCCUGGGCGCAGAUUACCGGCAUCUGGAUCUCCUGUAAUAUGGACGCGAUCGAUGUCAAUCGUCACGAAGUCAACGAAAGGACAUUCUACUUUCUCGUUAUCGUCCUAUGUGCUAGCAGGAACAAGGUCGUCAGGAGACUUUAGUACCUGGUGUUUAUCGUCGUUGUCAGUUGUAUAGGUCGGUUCUAGAACAAAAUUUUUGUCAAGAUGUGGAUCAUCAACAUGUUAUCCCGGAAGAAGGAGGUGUCCACUAUGGACAUCAUGUCCACGAAUCUCAAACGGUGUUUAACGUCAUACGACGUUACACUGCUGGGCAUUGGUCAUAUGUUGGGUUCGGGAAUCUACGUACUUUCGCCAUCGAUUGCACGUGGCACUACGGGGCCUGCAUUAAUCCUUUCGUAUUUGAUUGCUGGAGUUGCGUCACUCCUUGCGGCUUUGGCGUACGCUGAUUUCGGAGUACGCUAUCCACGCUCGGGCUCAGCCUACUCGUACGUUUAUUAUUCGAUAGGCGAGUUCUGGGCCUUCUUUGUUGGCUGGAACGUUCUUCUCGAAAAUAUGCUCGCAACAGCGGCGUGCGUUCGGGCGUGUAGUGCAUACAUCGAUUCGUUAACUGGGUAUGUCGUGUUCAACGGAACUCGAGCUAUUAUGGGAGAGUUUUCUACCACUGAUCCCUAUCUUUCGGAAGUUCCGGAUUUCUUGGCUUUUGCAAUCUUAAUGGGAUUUGUGAUCUUUAUGACAUUCGGUGUAAAGACGACUUCGGGACUAAAUAAUACGCUCGUGGGUAUUAAUGUAGUAGUCCUUGCUACCGUUGUCGGAGUGGGUUUUUAUUAUGCGGAUUUCGAUAAUUGGAAGUACCAUGAAAACAAUGCGAAUUUCGUUAAGGAAGAUCAUCCAGAAUUCAUCAACGGAUUCAUGCCGUACGGAAUUAGCGGUGUUUUACAAGCGUCUGCACAGUGCUUUUAUGCAUACGUGGGUUUCGACGCGAUCGCCGCAUCGGGCGAGGAGGCCCUCAAUCCGCAGAAGUCACUUCCUGUAGCCACCAUAGUUUCUAUGGCAAUCGUUACCACACUUUAUGUCCUCGUUGCCGCCGUACUCACGCUAAUGAUGUAUUUCGCCGAUAUCAGUUCUACGUCUGGUUUACUUGAAGCAUUAAAAUUUCAUCAGGCUUAUUGGGCUCAGUAUAUCGUCUCCGCCGGAGCUCUUGCCGGAAUGUCAACGGUAAUUAUGGCCACGGUUUUUGCUAUGACCCGCGUUGGGUAUGCGAUGGCCGAAGAUGGCCUACUCUUCACGUCGUUCUCGAUUGUCCUGAAUAAGUCUCAGGUGCCAGUUGUGUCUAUGUAUGUCCUAUCGUUGUUGUCCGCAAUUUGUGCCUGCAUGCUAAACACGGAAGCAUUGGUCGACAUGCUUUCAAUUGGUACACUGCUAGCUUAUAUGAUCGUAGCGUGUGCCCUACUUAUUUCCAAAUAUACACCUUUAGAUGUGGUUAUUGAGUUAGAAAACUCUUCAGCUCGGGAUGGGCCGGAAUUGAUCGAUUCGUCCAGGCCUUCGACUGUCCACACUUUCCCUGAAGAUCUUCAGAUCUCGGAUGGUUUACACUGCAUCACAGUAAUGAAUGCUUCACCAACAGAUUUACAUGGCCUCAAACCCUCUUUUCGUUUUUUACGGCAGUUUUUGCCUUCCAGUUAUGGGCAGCGCCAACUUGUCGUCGUUUGCUUGGCUAUCACCUUUAUAGCCACGAUUUUAGCCGCCUUUAUCGUCAAAUAUAAUCGUUACAUCGCUAACGGGCCUACCUGGAUGGUCUACCUCGGCUGGACCAUUGCCAGUAUCAGCGUGAUUACCAUAAUAAUAUGCGGUCUAUUGAUUUUUGCCCACGAACUUCCCGGAAACUCGAAUUUCUCGAACGACCAGUACAGCAUGCCUUGGGUCCCUAUUCUUCCCAUAUUUUCGAUCAUAUUUAACGCCGGGCUUAUAGUGACACUCGACCUGAUUACUUGGAUACGGCUUAUCAUUUGGUUAGCUAUUGGUUCAGCGGUCUAUUUUGGCUACGGGAUUCAUCACAGCCGAUUAAAUCGCAAAAAGAAAUAAUUUGCCACCACUAAGUAUACAACGUGAUCGACAGUUGUCCGUUGUUAACUCGUUAACAGCUCGUGAAGUCUAAUAAAACUAUGUAAAUAUAAGUUAACAGCGAGUGCUUCGUCAGUAACGUGCCAUUGAAAAAAAUAUUUGAAGGCACUACAAGUUAUGAAAAGUACACCAGUGUAUAUCGCCAGUUCAAGACAAUAUGUCGCGCGACCAAGACCUGGCUUAAUUUUUCAUGAUAACGGAUCAGUGGUCUAAAGCGUAUAUGCCUUAUUUAACUGAAAGACUUAUAUACAAUUAAGCCCGUCACACUUUAGAACAAGUUCACUUGUCUGUCGGUUUUCUACCCUAUGCAAACAGUUCUGAUUAAUUUCUUCUGAUUUUUGAUGGCAGAAAUCGCUUUC